AUGCAAUUUUCCAUUUUUAUCCCUGCAUUUUUCAUAAUUCUAGUCCCGUAUUCUUGCCAGGCUUGUGAUUAUUUUAAAAAGAUAUCGUGCUCUUUUGUAAGUUUAACUUACUAUACCCUGAUAUAUUUCUAUAUUAUCAGAAAGCCUACAAAUAUAAAGAUCUACCGGACAAAACUUUUUUCCAAAAGUUGGAUGAGCUCAAAAAGUGGUGCAGUUUUUUUGCGGAUGAGUGCGGUCAAGUUAUGGAAGAUUGCGAAGAUGACCAAAAUAUGAAGAAGAAAGUGGAAAGCAUCUUGGCUGGAUGCCCAAUCAUAAAUCGAAUGUUGAAGGACGAUUUUGUGGAUUGUGCAAUUGUUUUACAGCAAGAAUUUGAUGCUGGAAAUUGUGAAAUAGUUCGAUCAAGUUAUACUAUUUCUUAUGCUAAAGCUAUGUUUGAACAAUGUCUUGAUAACAUGGUGCAGAAUAAAUGCAGUUCUGAUCAGAAUCGAAUUUAUAAAGCUGUAAGUUAUUAAAUUUUGGUAAAACGUUUCGAAGAAUUCUUUCAGUAUCGCGAAAUGGCCAUCGAAGUUGUUGAGAAAAAUGAUUUGGUGUCUGCUGGAAAAAAGAACAUGAAUUAUGGAACCUACAACUAUAACCAAAAAUUUUGA